UCUUUGAGACCGAAACACGGCGAGGUCCGACGCCGCGCCCUAUAAAAAUCCCCGCUUCGAGCUUCAGUACCCUGUUCGUUUCUCCAGUCCCUUUGGGUGAAUUCUUGUAUGUACUUCUCAGGGAGCGAGUGAAAUGGACGCUCGACAUCUCGACGGAGAAGGAGAAGACGCCGCUCCGGCUAUCAGAGCUCUCGGCUCUCUCUUCAAGCUCACUCAAGUCUUUCUCUGGGACUACGGCCCCUCGUCGGCGCAAGAACUUCCGCCUUCCGCCGGAGCCAGUAAUCCGCCUCACCGCGACGAGAAUGUCGCCUCAAACGUUUUCUCUACCUCCCCGGAUUAUAGUCCUUUACCAGAGGACUUGGAACUCAUCAGACAGAUGAACGAGCUUGGUCUUCCACUUGCAUUUCAGACCAGUAAGGAGAAGAAGAAUGGAACUUCUAAAGUGAGAAAAAAGAGAACACAUAAGAAGCAUGAUUAUGGAAAAGAAGAAAUUGAGAAUGAAGGAGCUCGAUUUCUGAAAGUGAGUGAGCCCGUUGUUGUAUCUCACACUGUUAUUCAUGAUAAUCCCAGUGGUUUUUUAUGUUCCAUGUCAGUGUCCGGCCAAAGUGAGAUCCCUUGCUAUGAUAAUGCAGUGGAUGCCAGGAUCUUUUGUUCCACAUUAGAUAACGAACAAGAGUCGGCUGAGAUCAGCUGUGUCAGCAAUGAAACAAUUUGCCCUGGCUUAUCAGAUGUGGCAAUUGAUUGCCAGAAUUGUCAUGCUGCUCUGACUGAUAAUGUGCCCAAGAAUAACUUGGCAGUUAAUCCUAACACAAAAGACUUUGAUGCUGGAGGUGGACUUUGGUCACGAAGUCCUUCAACUGAAGCGUUUGUUGACCGUGGCAGGGAAGAACUCAGUGGAAGCGAAGUAGAGUCCAAUUUGUUAGACCAUAUUUCACCUGCAAACCAUGUUGAAGCUGUUAUGACACAUUGCGACAGUUAUGAGAACCUUCGGUCAUUGGAAGAGGUUGCCAUUGGCCAAAGUACAGAGGUUCUUCAACAGGAGCCAAACAACAAUGGCAACUCAUGUAAUGGCAACUCAUGUGGAGACUGGAUUGUGUGCUGGGACUCUUUCUAUCAGAGAAAUUACUAUUAUAAUAGUACAACCCAGGUGUCAACAUGGCUUCCACCGCCUGGGAUGGAAGAUAUAGAGGCCGCAUUUAUUGAGAACCCAGAGUCCAAUGCUAGGCUUUCUGAGUUGACUAAGCAAGAUGUCAGCCUUUCAGUUUCUAGUGUUUGUUUGGUACCAGGAGAUACAUGUGUUUUUCAGCGUACUGUAGAUUCAUCCAUGGAUCGUGAUAAAUUACUUGGUCAACCAUUUGCUGAAGGUGAUUCCAUCAUCUUGAAAGAUUGCAGAGAAGAUGCCACUUCACGAAGACUAGGUCAUAUCAGCAUUACGAAUGGCCCAUCCGAAAUAUCUCUUGAGGAGAAUAAUUUAUUGGUGGAAGUUGGGGAUUCUCUAGAUAACUUGCAUUCACUGUCUGGCUCUCAUAAAAGCAAAUUGAAAACAGUUGCAAGAAAUAGGAGGAUACAAAGGAAGUCAUUGCAUAUCAAUGAAGACCUGAGCUUUCCUCUGAGUGAAGAGUACUGCACCGUCAUUGAAAAAUAUUGGUUUCAGAGGUAUCUCCUCUUUUCAAGAUUUGAUGAAGGUAUCAAAAUGGAUGAGGAAGGAUGGUUUUCUGUUACUCCUCAGUCUAUUGCUAGGCAUCACGCAGUUCGUUGUGGUGGUGGAAUUAUAGUGGAUGGUUUCACGGGAGUCGGUGGGAAUGCCAUCCAAUUUGCACGAAUGGGCAGACACGUAAUAGCAGUCGACAUCGAUCCAAAGAAGAUUGAAUAUGCACAACAUAAUGCCGUCGUGUAUGAUGUUGAUGGUGAAAUAGAUUUUGUAAAAGGAGAUUUCUUCAUUUUGGCGCGGAACUUGAAGGCAGAUACCGUCUUCUUGUCACCUCCUUGGGGCGGUCCUGGUUAUACCAAAGUAAAGACAUACAACAUGAAGACGAUGCUCAAGCCGCAUGAUGGAUUUUUCCUAUUUAACGUUGCCAAAAAAAUUGCUUCCAAAGUGGUCAUGUUCCUCCCAAAAAAUGUUGAUCUGAACCAAUUAGCUGAGCUUGCUCUUUCAGUUCAACCUCCAUGGUCUUUGGAGGUCGAGAAGAACUACUUGAAUGGUAAGUUAAAGGCAGUGACUGCUUACUUCAGCAACACAGAGAUCUGCAGAAAAUAGCCACGAAAAUUAGUUUUGAGAUGGUGGGUUAAAGGGCCGCAUGAAGAUAAGUGUCUCUUCUUCAGAUCAUUAGCAUGUACAGUUAUCGAAAACCCUUUUUGGAUGUCAUGGAUGUCUUAUGGCAGCACUGUCGAUUUUUAAGAAUUACCAACCAAUGCUUCUGCUCAAUCGGUGUACUUAACUUUGUCCACUGUUGGAACGAUCUGUCAUCUACAGUUCUUGGGAAACUUAUUGAAAUUAUGGAUCAUGGUGUUGUCCCUAUAAGUUGCAACACCCGACUAUGGAAAUGCCAUAGUGAAAAUUGCAAUUUUGU